ACGUUGAAUGCCAGACACGAUUAAAAUGAAGAGGAAGAAGACAGUCGCCGUUAGCUACCUGGUUGAACUGUUUAUCCCAUGUCUGUCAACGAUAGACAUUAAUUUCACGCCUUUUUUCUUUUACGAGCAUCGAUAUACGAGUUUUAUCAAACGCUAAUGGUGUCGGGUCGGACUCUUACUUUUCUGUCCGCACUGAGUGGCUAAGCACAAGAAAGGAAGCAAUGAACUUCCAGGGCAGUCGGAGGCGGGGAGAGGAUGGCAUUGCCAUGGUGAUUGACUUCCUGCUGUCUAAUGCCCGUCUGGUUCUUGGAGUUGGUGGGGCUGCCUUGCUAGGAAUUGCUACACUGGCAGUGAAACGACUAAUAGAGCGUGCAGGCCGUGCAGCCGACGAUGAAAAGGUGGAGCAGAAGAUGGCUGAGAGCUGGGAGGAGUUGAGUUUGGUCUCUGCUUCCCCCACACUGAUCAAGAAGGGCAUAGAGGGUGUGGUGAUGAAACACGUUGCCAAGGCAGCCAAACAGCAGAAAGCUGACCUGUGUCAACAACCUCGGAGGUCCUCUCUGGAAAUGCAGCCUAAACCUGAGUCAAAGUCCAAGAGACUCCAGCUGUGUGUCCUCAGUUUGCAGGAGCGACUGCAGCAGUACUAUCACACAAGGGCGGCACUGUCUCCGCACGAGGUCCAGAGGGCUCAGUCUCUGGCUCUGGACAUCUGCACCGAGAUCCAGGGCUUUCUGCACAGCCGUCAUCCUGACAUGCCCCUGGGAGAAAUGAGCCUCGGAGGUUCACUACUGGAUGACCUGCAGGUAGUCAGUGCAGACCAUGCAUGUCUGCUGGUGCCUCUUCAGCUCGAAGCCUCUCUUUGGCGUCUUGUCCCGGGAGAGGAAACGCUGCUCACACACCCCCUGCACUGGAUGGUCCGGCGGGUCAAUCUGGAAUAUUUUCCCAGAGGACGCAGCUACUGGGACAGGUACCUGGUGGGUGGUUACCUGUCCUCAGAAGCUGUUGUGAACAUGUUUAAUAAGGCCAUCAUGGAAACCGUAAACUGGCCGUCCAUCAGCAGCACUAUGGACUGUCUUGUCAGACCUGUACUGGGAGGACCAGACCUGAGACUGGAGAUUCGACCCGGGAGUGAGAAAGGAGGGGCGCAAGGCAGUGAUCAGCCCCUGUUCAUCUCCAUGUUGCCUCUGCUGAGGGAGGGGGAUGUGGUUCUGACCGCCCAGCCUGAGCUCACCUCCCCCUGGGUCAACGCCUGGCACCUGUCUCUCUACCCGUGGGAGACUCAGCGCCUGGCUCAGCUCGACGCCGCUGACGGUGGAUACCGCAGGCAGACGCUUAAAAUACUCAAGGCGGUGUGCAGACUGAACCCCGCCCUGCGCCCACUCGAAGCCGCCCCACUGGCCAAUCUCAUCCUGCACCUGAGUGACGGUGAGAGCGACUGGUCCGAGAUCAGCCUGGAUGUAAGAUUCCAGCAGUGCAUCACUGAGCUGAUUGGCUACCUGGAACAAGGGGUGUUGCACAGUUACUUCAAGCCAGCUGUCAAUCUGCUGAGUGGCUUGUCAGAGGACCAGGUGGACCAGAUGGGCUUCAUGCUCUACUGUGCUGUGUCAGAGCCUGAAAUACUGCUCAUAUAACUGUCUGCACGUACAACACAAGAUUAGACAUAAAGCCAGAUCAGAGGAGUAACUUUUAUCAUCCAAGAUGUUUGGUUCAAGGCAAAGGUGCUGUAUUCUUCCCACUGGCCAAUCUCGCCAUUUAUCUCCUCCAUCCUGCUUUGACGUAAGGGAACAGGAGGGAACGGGGUGCAGUUGGAAUGACAGCAUGGCAGGCACCAUGGACUAAUGUCUACACUGGAGGAGGAGACUGUGAAGUGAUAAUCAAGCUCAACAAAUAACUCAGAGGAAGUGAGAUGUGAUGAGGAAGUGUUUAUCAAGAUGACUGAGACGAUGCUUCAGCGUGUGCCUGAUCAUAACUCCCCACACACACACAGCUGCCGCCAAGGUUGCAUUUAAGUUUGUGUGUUUAUCAGUUUUCACAGGGUGUGAGUGAUGAUCAGCGUGGACACGUACAGUUCAGUACAUCCAUUAACAGCAGAGGAGGAGGAGUGCAGUUUAUUGCUGUGACUGAUGGUGUGCGCUCUGCAUCAUUGUCCUAAAUCUCCUUUAUUACAUCGUAACUAUGCAGAAAAUAAUGACCUGCUAAAAACCACCAGGUGUUGUGCACUUAUUAAACUGGACCGACUCAGAAUUUUGUCAGUCGAAUCUGAUUCGGCUGUUCGGUAUGAACGUCUGACCUUUCGUUCUAUUUUCUGACGCUAAUUUUCAGCCUGCUUGAGUUUUACCUGCAAGACUCUCCUUGUAAUGCCUUUCUUUGUCCUCUGUGGUGUGAAAACAUCAGAUUUCCACGCAGUCCGAGAAAGUUCAAGUGUGUCCGACCGGCAGUGCGGUUAUAAAAUCCCACACACUGUGGAUGGCAGUAGAGGAGGUCGUACCAAUGACAGGUUUAUCUGGUUUUGCUGGCAGUCAUCACUGGAGCAAAGUGUGUCGAGGCAGCCAACAGGCUGGAGUCGUGCUGCUCUGCCUCAUGCUGUCUCCAUUUCCAUCAGUUAUUUUGGUGGUUUGUGUCAUUUUGAGACCUGGUGUGUAAAGUUUACAGCCAGUUACACUGUUGCUCCUGCACUGAUAAAUUGCAUCGGUUCGACUGACAGGAUGCAAGUUGGCUCGUAAGGUCUUCUUGACUGAUGACUCGAAUCAUUGGCCUUCAGGCUGGAAACACUAUGUUCUGUCUGUCUGUCAGAGUUGGACUUAUUUAAUUCUUUAAUGUGUAUAAUUUAUUAUGCCGGAGGUUGAAGUGUGCAGUAAUUUGUUCGUCUUGUUUAGUUUGCUUCCCAUCUUACUUGGGUAAAGUAACCCUUUAAAUUGUGGUUAAACUUAACGAAUAAUUUUAUGCACUUGCUUUUAUAUACAGCAUGAAUGUUGUGGCCAUUUCUUUUUAGUUUUGCUUUGUGGGUGAGUGAAAGACUGAUUUUCUCUGAUUGAACAUUGCAAUCGCAAAUAAAAAUUAAAGCACUUGUUUAGAUUCUC